AUGUUUCGCGGUGAACAACCAGCUACUUGUUUACAGAUCAUCAGUGAUGACUUUCAAGAUCAUGAGUCAUCAGGGCAUAUCAAUCUAAAACAAGGAACAUCAGCAGAAAUUCAUGAACAACAUGUAUCAUCCAACCAAACUGCCUUUGCAAAUGAACAAAGUUCCUCAUCAUCAAACCAAUCAAUAGUCAUAGAACAACAAAUUCCUCAAUCAUCAAAUUGUACUACAGUCUUAGAAGAAUUGGACACUUCCUUACAAGACCAUGAAGGCAAUAAUGUUGACAACGUAUUCUAUUGCCCAGAGUAUGGCUGCACUAAGGCUUAUCAGUCAUUUGAAAAAAUGCAAGAUCACAUUCUCAUUGGAAAACACUCAAAACAACUAUUAAAUGACUCAACUUAUGACAGAGCUAAAAAGAUAUGGGCUGAAAAAUGUGAAAAUCUUCAUGCUUCUACUCAUGUCACUAUUGAAUCGGAUCCUGGAACCUCUAGCAGCAACAAUUUCAAUAUACCUGCAAUGGGUUGGGCAUUAAAGAAAGAGAAAAAGUAUGUCAGAUUUUCACAGAAUGUGAAAUCAUAUCUUACAGAAUUAUUUAAGAUUGGAGAGGCUAGUGGCAAGAAAGAAAAUCCAGCAGCUGUUGCUAUGAACAUGCGAGGCAGGGAAUGUGCUGACCUAUCAAUAACAAACGAUGGUGUAUACACAAUAUAUCCAAAUGGUAAUAAUCAGGCAAUUCAAGUUUAUUGUGUAGUACGGCAAGGCUUCAAAUGGACGGUAAUUCAAAGAAGGGUAAAUGGUUCCGUGGAUUUCUAUCGAACCUGGAAUGAAUACAAGCAUGGAUUUGGUAGUGCUUACGGAGAAUAUUGGUUAGGAAAUAAUUAUAUCAAUUUGAUAUCUACAAACGGUCGUCACGAAUUAAGUAUAUAUAUGGAAAGAACCGACGUAGGACACCACACUGCAAAUUAUUCCACAUUUAAAGUCAGCGAUGAACAAUCCUUGUAUAUUCUUACAGCGACAGGUUAUAGCGGAGAUGCCAAUCCUGACUGCAUAGAUAAUGGUGAUGAUAACAGCAAAGCUAAUGGUAGACCUUUUACAACUAAAGACAGGGACAAUGACAUAUAUAGUGGAAACAUGGCAGUAAAAUAUAGGAGUGCUUGGUGGUACAGUAAAAAAUAA